AUUCUGUCAACAAGAUAAACGCCUUUCAAAUCUUUUUACUUUUUAUUUAUCCGAACAAUUAAUUAGUGAGGUGAUUUUGUUUUAUUCUUAAUUAUUAAUAUUCUCAAUUAAUCGAAUGCUUAUUUCGGUUGGUGUGUGAUCAUUGACUUAAUUUAUCCUUCAGUUUCUUACUGAGCAUCAAUAUGGUCAAUGCUAAUCAAGUUGACUCGGAUUACUCCUUUCUCCCGGAGUUUGCCUUGAUGAUGAUUACAGCAAAUUUUGUAUUAUAUCUUCUUGUAUUAAUGUCUGACCCAGCUGGUGGUAGUGGUCAACCUAAACGUGAAAGAAAUAGAGGAAAUAAUCGUAAUGUUAAUCAAGUUGCUGAUGAAGGUAUUUCAGGAGUUAGUCCUCAACGUUUGGUGAACAAUGAAGCUCCAGUCGGUGAUGGUUAUGAUGCUGAUGGUUCGUCUUCACCUGGUUCCCUUGCUUCUGCUCAAAGAUCUAUUGAAGAAGAGGAAUUAAAAUAUGGAGCUAAACAUGUAAUCAAAUUAUUUAUUCCAGUCUCAAUUUGUAUGCUCAUUGUUAUCGCAUCAAUUGGAUCUCUUCAAUUCUACACCAAGACCAAUCAAUACUUAUUAUACACUCCGUUCACUGAUCAAAAAGCCGAUGUUCCAACAAAAGUUUGGCACUCAUUUGCUAAUGCAUUCAUUUUUUUGGUAGUAAUUGUGGUGAUGACUUUUGUUUUAAUUCUUCUGUACACUUACAGAUUCUACAAAGUCAUUUAUGGUUGGCUGGUACUUUCCUCUUCUCUACUACUCUUUCUCUUUAUGUUUAUCUACCUUUCCGUGGUUCUUCAAAAAUAUAAUCUCCCUGCAGAUUAUAUUUCCGUUUCCCUCUUUAUCUGGAACUUUGGUAUACUGGGAAUGAUUUGUAUCCACUGGAAAGGACCUCUUGUAGUCCAACAAGCCUACCUACUUGUGGUCUCCGCUCUCAUGGCUUUGGUUCUAAUCAAAUACAUUCCCGAAUGGACAGUAUGGGUUAUACUUGCAGUAAUUUCUGUUUGGGAUCUCGUCGCUGUUUUAUGUCCAAAAGGACCUUUAAGAAUCUUGGUGGAAACUGCUCAAAGUCGAAAUGAAUCUAUUUUCCCUUCUCUAAUUUAUUCUUCAGCAGUUGCCUAUUUACCUGGAAUGGCAGAUAACAGUGAAAGAGAAAAAUUGCCUCGAGAUGAUAUCGAUUCUAAUAAAAACCAAUCAACAGCAUCAACAUCUCAUCAAUCAGAACCAUCACAACCUCAACAAGUAGAAUCUACAGUUCCACCGAUCACAUUUCGCGGACAAAACAAUCAACCCUCCGAAUAUAAUGUAGAUCCCGAUGAAUAUGAUGACGAACGUGGAGUAAAAUUAGGUUUAGGUGAUUUUAUUUUCUACAGUGUUUUGGUUGGAAAAGCUUCAUCAUAUGGAGAUUGGAAUACAACAUUAGCUUGUUUCGUUUCUAUUUUGAUUGGACUUUGUUUAACUUUACUGUUACUCGCUUUCUUUAAGAAAGCUUUACCUGCUCUUCCAAUUUCAAUAUUUUUCGGUUUAACAUUCUAUUUUACAACAUCACUAUUAGUGGCACCAUUUUGUGAUCGAUUAGCCGAACAGCAAAUUUAUAUUUAACAAAUAUUGAAGAUGGAAAAAGAAACCACAAAAUGAUUUAAUAUACAAUCGACACAAACUCUCUUGACUUCGUCCUCUAUUUUAAACCUCCUCUUGGUAUAUCCCAAUCAUCAUCAAAUCACAACCAAAAUCAUCUUCGAUGUUGUUUGACUCCCCAUGCAUCGUAAUCUGCUUUUUUGAUUUUCUCUUCUUUGUCACUCACUGUUUUGAUAAAUUGAUAAUAAACAUCAAGUACAGUUGUGAAA